GCGCCGCCUCCGCCCUCGGCCUCGCACUUCCUGGCGGAGCCAUGGCUGCGCAGCGGGCCGGCCGGGGGGCUCCUGAACCCGGGCCCCGCAGCCCCGAUCGCCCGGCCCCGCCGCCGGGGCUGUCCCCGCCGCGACCGUAGCGCGUCCUGCCAGGUGGGCCUACGCGCGCGCCCACCCUUCAGCCCCGGACCGCCGGGAAGCCGCGCCCGGCCGGGGCGGGGGGCGGGCGGAGAUCGGAGGGGUCCCCGGCCCCCGCGAGCCGCGAGCCCCGAGCCCCCUGCGCGCCUUGGUGCCGGGGCGGGCGGGUGGGCGAGUGGGGCGCCGCGACUGGGGGAAGAGGCCAGGGGAGGGGCCGCCGCCCCCGCAGGUGACACAGGUGCGGCCUGUGCGUUCCGCCCCGCGCGUGGCAGGGCUGAGAUCUCUAAUGAUGGAGGGAAGCAGGCAGACGCGAGUGUCUCGGCCAUACAAGAUCAGCGAAUCAUCCAAGGUAUACCACUGGGCUGACCACUCAAGCACAGUGCUGCAGCGGCUGAACGAGCAGCGACUCCGCGGUCUCUUCUGCGACAUUGUCCUGGUGGCCGAUGAGCAGCGUGUGCCAGCCCACCGCAACCUGCUGGCCGUGUGCAGCGACUACUUCAACUCCAUGUUCACCAUUGGCAUGCGGGAAGCUUUCCAGAAGGAGGUGGAGCUGAUCGGCGCCUCCUACAUCGGGCUCAAGGCGGUGGUGGACUUCCUGUACGGGGGGGAGCUGGUGCUGGAUGGUGGCAACAUUGACUAUGUCCUGGAGACGGCCCACCUGCUGCAGAUCUGGACGGUGGUAGACUUCUGCUGUGAGUACCUGGAGCAGGAGGUGAGCGAGGACAACUACCUGUACCUGCAGGAGCUGGCCUCCAUCUACAGCCUCAAGCGGCUUGACGCCUUCAUCGAUGGCUUCAUCCUGAACCACUUCGGCACGCUGUCCUUCACGCCCGACUUCCUGCAGAACGUCUCCAUGCAGAAGCUGUGUGUCUACCUGAGCAGCAGUGAGGUGCAGCGGGAGUGUGAGCACGACCUCCUGCAGGCCGCCCUGCAGUGGCUGACUCAGCAGCCCGAGCGCGAGGCCCACGCCCGCCAGGUGCUGGAGAACAUCCACUUCCCGCUCAUCCCCAAGAACGACCUGCUGCACCGCGUCAAGCCAGCCGUGUGCUCGCUGCUGCCCAAGGAGGCCAACUGCGAGGGCUUCAUCGAGGAGGCCGUGCGCUACCACAACAACCUGGCGGCCCAGCCCGUCAUGCAGACCAAGCGCACGGCGCUGCGCACCAACCAGGAGCGCCUGCUGUUCGUGGGCGGGGAGGUCUCCGAGGGGUGUCUGGAGCUCAGUGACGACACCUGCUACCUGGACGCCAAGAGCGAGCAGUGGGUCAAAGAGACGCCACUGCCCGCCCGGCGGAGCCACCACUGUGUCGCGGUGCUGGGGGGCUUCAUCUUUAUCGCCGGCGGCAGCUUCUCACGGGACAACGGAGGGGACGCGGCCUCCAAUCUUCUUUAUAGGUAUGACCCCCGCUGUAAACAGUGGAUCAAGGUGGCCUCCAUGAACCAGCGCCGUGUGGAUUUCUACCUUGCUUCCAUCGAAGACAUGCUGGUGGCCGUCGGCGGCCGGAAUGAGAAUGGAGCGCUCUCUUCGGUAGAGACAUACAGUCCAAAGACCGACUCCUGGUCCUAUGUGGCCGGCUUGCCAAGAUUCACGUACGGCCACGCGGGCACCAUCUACAAAGACUUCGUGUACAUCUCUGGGGGCCACGACUACCAGAUCGGCCCCUACCGCAAGAACCUGCUGUGCUACGAUCACCGGACAGACGUGUGGGAGGAGCGGCGGCCCAUGACCACAGCGCGCGGCUGGCACAGCAUGUGCAGCCUGGGCGACAGCAUCUACUCCAUUGGGGGCAGCGACGACAACAUUGAGUCCAUGGAGCGCUUCGACGUGCUGGGCGUGGAGGCCUACAGCCCGCAGUGCAACCAGUGGACCCGCGUGGCACCGCUGCUGCACGCCAACAGCGAGUCCGGCGUGGCGGUGUGGGAGGGCCGCAUCUACAUCCUGGGCGGCUACAGCUGGGAGAACACCGCCUUCUCCAAGACCGUGCAGGUGUACGACCGAGAGGCCGACAAGUGGAGCAGGGGCGUCGACCUGCCCAAGGCCAUCGCUGGCGGGUCCGCCUGUGUCUGCGCCCUGGAGCCGAGGCCAGAGGACAAGAAGAAGAAAGGCAAAGGCAAGAGGCACCAGGACCGGGGCCAGUGACCCCUGCUGCGCCUCCUGGGAGCAUCCUCACCAUCCUAUCCCAGGGCUCUGUAGACCAGCAGCAACUUCUUAGUAUUCCGGAAACAUUAUGUACAACUUAGCAGCUUUUUUUACUUUUAUGAUUCUUGGUAUUUCUAUGAUAUCACAGUAACCAAUUAAAUACUCUCUGUAACUUUA